UAUAAGUACAAAGAAGGCUACCGCAAGCAGCUGGGCCACCACAUCGGGGCCCGUAACAUCGAGGAUGAUCCAAAGAUGAUGUGGUCGAUGCACGUAGCCAAGAUCCAGAGUGACAGAGAGUACAAGAAAGCCUUUGAGAAGACCAAGACCCACUUCAGUAGCCCAGUGGACAUGCUGGGAAUCGUGUUGGCCAAGAAAUGUCAAGAGUUGGUCAGCGAUGUAGAUUACCGGCACUAUCUGCAUCAGUGGAUCUGCCUGCCGGACCAGAACGAUGUUAUCCAUGCUAAGAAGGCCUAUGACCUACAGAGUGAUAAUUGCUACAAGUCUGACCUUGAAUGGUUGCGAGGCAUUGGUUGGGUCCCAAUCGGUUCCUUGGAAGUUGAAAAAGCCAAGAAGGCAGGAGAGAUCUUGAGUGAUAAAAUAUACCGCCAGCCUCCAGACACAAUCAAGUUCACUAGCGUCACGGAUUCCCUAGCGAUGGUCUUGGCCAAGCAGAAUGCAGAGACGAUGAAUAAGCGUUUAUAUACUGAGGCCUGGGAUAAAGACAAGACACAAAUCCACAUAAUGCCUGACACGCCUGAAAUUACACUGGCAAAACAAAACAUGCAAAACUACAGUGUGAAACUCUACAAACAAGCCAUGGAAGAAGCAAAAAAGAAAGGCUACGAUUUGAGGAGCGAUGCUAUCCCCAUUCAGGCUGCCAAAGCAUCCAGACAAAUCGCCAGUGAUUACAAGUACAAAGAAGGCUACCGCAAGCAGCUGGGCCACCACAUCGGGGCCCGUAACAUAGAGGAUGAUCCAAAGAUGAUGUGGUCGAUGCACGUAGCCAAGAUCCAGAGUGACAGAGAGUACAAGAAAGCCUUUGAGAAGACCAAGACCCACUUCAGUAGCCCAGUGGACAUGCUGGGAAUCGUGUUGGCCAAGAAAUGUCAAGGGUUGGUCAGCGAUGUAGAUUACCGGCACUAUCUGCAUCAGUGGAUCUGCCUGCCGGACCAGAACGAUGUUAUCCAUGCUAAGAAGGCCUAUGACCUACAGAGUGAUAAUUGCUACAAGUCUGACCUUGAAUGGUUGCGAGGCAUUGGUUGGGUCCCAAUCGGUUCCUUGGAAGUUGAAAAAGCCAAGAAGGCAGGAGAGAUCUUGAGUGAUAAAAUAUACCGCCAGCCUCCAGACACAAUCAAGUUCACUAGCGUCACGGAUUCCCUAGCGAUGGUCUUGGCCAAGCAGAAUGCAGAGACGAUGAAUAAGCGUUUAUACACUGAAGCAUGGAAUAAAGAUAAGACUACGAUCCAUGUCAUGCCUGACACACCAGAAAUCCUGCUGGCUAAACAAAACCAGUCAAACUACAGUCAGAAAACGUACAAACUGGCUUUGGAGGAAUCCAAGAAGAAGGGUCAUGAUUUGCGUUUUGAUGCCAUUCCUAUUCAAGCUGCCCGAGCAUCCAGAGAGAUUGCCAGUGAUUACAAGUACAAAGAAGGCUACCGCAAGCAGCUGGGCCACCACAUUGGGGCCCGUAACAUCGAGGAUGAUCCAAAGAUGAUGUGGUCGAUGCACGUAGCCAAGAUCCAGAGUGACAGAGAGUACAAGAAAGCCUUUGAGAAGACCAAGACCCACUUCAGUAGCCCAGUGGACAUGCUGGGAAUCGUGUUGGCCAAGAAAUGCCAGGAGUUGGUCAGCGAUGUAGAUUACCGGCACUAUCUGCAUCAGUGGAUCUGCCUGCCGGACCAGAACGAUGUUAUCCAUGCUAAGAAGGCCUAUGACCUACAGAGUGAUGCUGUUUACAAAUCAGACCUGGAAUGGCUAAGAGGUAUUGGAUGGGUUCCUAUUGGUUCCAUGGAAGUCGAGAAAGCUAAGAAAGCUGGAGAAAUCCUGAGUGAAAGGAAGUAUCGUCAACCAGCAGACCAAAUUAAAUUUACUAGUGUGACAGAUUCUUUGGCUAUGGUCUUAGCCAAGCAAAAUGCUGAGAUAAUGAACAAGCGUUUAUACACAGAAGCCUGGGAUGCAGACAAAACAUCAAUUCACGUCAUGCCUGACACACCGACAAUUUUGUUAGCAAAGGCCAAUGCAGCUAAUGUUAGCCAUAAACUUUAUACACAAGCCUGGGAAGAGGCCAAGAAGAAGGGUUAUGACAUGAGAGCUGAUGCAAUUCCGAUCCGAAGUGCAAAGGCAUCAAGAGAUAUUGCGAGUGACUACAAAUACAAAGAAACGCACGAGAAGCAGAAAGGCCACUACAUUGGGUGCCGGACUGCCCAGGAGGAUCCCAAACUGUCGUGGGCGGCACGUGCCAUGGCGCUGCAGAACGACCGGCUUUACAGGAAGGCGUACCAUGAUUCCAAGGCCCAGAUCCACAUCCCAGUGGACGCGAUGUCCGUGCAGGCAGCCAAGGAGUGCCAGACACUAGUCAGUGACGUUGACUACCGCCCGUACAUUCACCAGUGGACCUGCCUGCCUGACCAGAACGACGUGAUCCACGCAAGGAAGGCCUAUGACCUGCAGAGUGAUAACGUGUACAAGUCAGACCUGGAAUGGUUGCGAGGCAUCGGCUGGUUGACAGAAGGUUCUGUGGAUGUGGUCAAAGCAAAGAAGGCCCAGGAGCUCCUGAACGAGAGGCUGUACCGCACGCGGCCGGAGGAGAUGAAAUUCACCAGCAUCACUGACUCGCCAGACGUCGUCCAGGCCAAGAUCAAUGCUUUGCAGAUCAGUGACCACCUGUAUCGUGAAGCCUGGGACAGAGAUAAGACGCAGAUUUCCAUACCUUCCGAUACUCCUGUAAUGGUGCAGUCCAAAGUCAAUGCUCUCAACAUCAGCAAUAAACAUUACCAGAAGGCCUGGGACGAGGCCAAGGCGAAAAGCUAUGACCUAAGAGCUGAUGCCAUUCCCAUCAAACACGCCAAGGCUUCCAGAGACAUUGCUAGUGAGUACAAGUACAAAGAAACGCACGAGAAGCAGAAGGGGCAAUACAUUGGGGGGCGGAACGACCGGCUUUACAGGAAGGCGUACCAUGAUUCCAAGGCCCAGAUCCACAUCCCAGUGGACGCGAUGUCCGUGCAGGCAGCCAAGGAGUGCCAGACAUUGGUCAGUGAUGUUGACUACCGCCAGUACAUUCACCAGUGGACCUGCCUGCCUGACCAGAACGACGUGAUCCACGCAAGGAAGGCCUAUGACCUGCAGAGUGAUAAUGUGUACAAGUCAGACCUGGAAUGGUUGCGAGGCAUCGGCUGCACGCGGCCGGAGGAGAUGAAAUUCACCAGCAUCACUGACUCGCCAGACGUCGUCCAGGCCAAGAUCAAUGCUUUGCAGAUCAGUGACCACCUGUAUCGUGAAGCCUGGGACAGAGAUAAGACGCAGAUUUCCAUACCUUCCGAUACUCCUGUAAUGGUGCAGUCCAAAGUCAAUGCUCUCAACAUCAGCAAUAAACAUUACCAGAAGGCUUGGGAUGAGGCCAAGGCGAAAAGCUAUGACCUAAGAGCUGAUGCCAUUCCCAUCAAACACGCCAAGGCUUCCAGAGACAUUGAUAGUCAGUCUGCUCUUCAUUACAAGUACAAAGAAACGCACGAAAAGCAGAAGGGCCACUACAUUGGGUGCCGGACUGCCCAGGAGGAUCCCAAACUGUCGUGGGCGGCACGUGCCAUGGCGCUGCAGAACGACCGGCUUUACAGGAAGGCGUACCAUGAUUCCAAGGCCCAGAUCCACAUCCCAGUGGACGCGAUGUCCGUGCAGGCAGCCAAGGAGUGCCAGACACUAGUCAGUGACGUUGACUACCGCCAGUACAUUCACCAGUGGACCUGCCUGCCUGACCAGAACGACGUGAUCCACGCAAGGAAGGCCUAUGACCUGCAGAGUGAUGCUGUCUAUAAGGCAGACCUGGAAUGGCUCCGUGGAAUUGGGUGGUUGCCUAAUGACUCUCCGGAUGUUAAGAGAGUGAAGCAUGCCCAGGAUCUCCUGAGUGAUAAUGUGUAUCGUACACCUAUUGAAAGCCUGAAGUACACCAGUAUUGUUGAUUCUCCAGAUGUUCUCCUGGCAAAAGUGAACGCCGAACAAGUCAGCAUUCCAAAAUACAAAGAAGCCUGGGAAAAGGACAAGACUAUGAUCCAUGUUAUGCCAGACACACCUGAAAUCAACCUUGCCAAGGCUAAUGCUGCCAAUUAUAGCCAGAAACUGUAUAAAGAAGCUUGGGAUGAGUUGAAGAUGAGUUAUGAUUUGAGAGCAGAUGCAAUCCCCAUCAAGGCAGCCAAAGCUUCUAGAGAAAUUGCUAGUGAUUAUAAAUACAAACUGGACCAUGAGAAGCAGAAAGGACAUUACGUUGGAGUUCCAAAUGCAAAAGCAGAUACAAAAAUGAAGUUUGCCCUCGGCAUAGGCAAAGUUCAGAGUGAACUAGAAUACAAGAAACACUUUGCCAAAUGGAAGACACAAUGCCACCUCCCAGUGGACAUGCUAUCUAUCCUAUCAGCUAAGCAUGGUCAGUCUUUGGUCAGUGAUGUUGACUACCGUCACUACUUGCAUCAGUGGAUCUGUCUUCCAGAUCAGAAUGAUGUCAUACAGGCUAGGAAAGCCUACGAUCUACAGAGUGAUGCUAUCUACAAAUCUGAUUUAGAAUGGCUACGGGGUAUUGGAUGGUUGCCGAAUGAUUCAGUUGGAAUCAAGCAUGUCAAAUAUGCUGGAGAUCUCUUGAAUGAGAGAAAGUACCGUACAAAAGCCGAAACUCUUCCAUUUACUCCAGUGGCGGACAGAGUUGAUUACAUCACAGCGAAGAACAGUGGUGAAAUUCUUAGUGAUAAUAAAUACCACAAAGCAUGGAAUGAGAUCAAGUCAAAUUAUACUUUAACAGAUACACCCCAGCUAGAUAUGGCCCGAGAGGCAGCCAGAAUUCUCAAUCAGAAUUUAUACAAGGAAAGUUGGGAGAAAGAAAAAGCCACUGGUUACCUCUUACCUCCUGACACUGUGCAGAUCUGUCACGCCAAACACUCAAAUGAUGUCCAAAGUGAGCUUAAAUACAAAGCUGAGUACGUCAAGCAAAGAGGUCACUACGUUGGAGUUGCCAGUAUGAGAGACGAUCCAAAACUGGUGUGGUUUGAGCACGCAGGCGAGAUCCAGAAUGACAGACUGUACAAAUCAGACUAUCACAAAACAAAGUCCAAAAUUCACAUCCCUCCGGACAUGGUGUCGGUUGUAGCAGCAAAGGAAUGUCAGACCUUGGUCAGCGAAGUUGACUACCGCCAACACCUGCACGAAUGGACGUGCCACCCUGACCAGAACGACUGCAUUCAAGCAAGGAAGGCCUAUGAUCUGCAGAGUGAUAAUAUUUAUAAAUCUGAUUUGGAAUGGCUUCGUGGCUGUGGCUGGAUUCCUCUGGAUUCAGUGGAACACAAGAAAGUUAAGAAUGCACAAGAACUGAUAAAUAAGAGAGCCUAUACAAAAGAAGCCCUUGAUAACUUUUCCAAUUAUACCAGUGUGGUUGACACUCCUGACAUUGUUUUGGCAAAGAUUAACUCUGUCAAUCAGAGUGAUUUGAAGUACAAAGAAACAUUUAACCUUGAGAAAGGCCAGUAUAUUGGGUCUGAUGAUACUCCUGCACUGAACCAUGCCAAAGACAUGUCCUUACUGUACAGCGAUAAACUUUAUAAAAAUGCUUGGGAAAUUAGCAAGCCCAUUGGGUAUACGUUGGAUGAGAAAUACAUUCCGCUUGUUGGAGCGAAGCGUGCGAACUACAUAAACAGUGAGCUUAAAUACAAGGAAAUAUAUGAGAAGCUGAAAGGCCAUUACCUGGCUGGGAAGGACAUUGGUGAUUUCCCCGGUGUCAUUCAUUCGCUCGCGUUCCAGAAAAUGAGGAGUGCGUUGGCGUACAGAAAGAAUUAUGAGGACACCAAAGCAAACGUCCAUAUUCCAAGUGACAUGAUGAAUCACGUGCUAGCCAAGAAGUGCCAGUAUAUCCUCAGCGAUCUGGAAUACCGAACUUACUUCCAUCAGUGGAAUUGUUCACCUGAAGAAAAUGAUGUUAUUCAAGCCAGAAAAGCCCAGGAAAUUUUGAGCGAUGUGGUGUACAAAGAUGACUUAAAUUGGCUGAAGGGACUUGGAUGUUAUGUCUGGGAUACUCCACAAAUCCUGCAUGCUAAAAAAUCUUAUGAUCUCCAGAGCCAAAUAAAAUAUACAGCUGCAGGAAAAGAGAAUUUGCAGAACUUUGGUGUUGUUACUGACACACCUCUGUAUGUGACUGCGGUGCAGAGUGGUUUAAAUGCUAGUGAUGUGAAAUACAAGCAAGAUUACCACAAAACUAAGGACAAGUAUACAACUGUGACAGAAACAGUGGAUUCGGAAAGAGUUCAAAAUUUGAAACAUCUCUUUAGCAAUAAUCUCUACAAGGAAGCCUGGGAUAAAGUGAAAGCUACUGGCUAUAUAAUGCCCUCUGAUGCUGUAUCCCUAGCACGGGCAAAGGAACUGAAGCAUAACGCUAGUACUGUAAAAUACCGAGAAGAAUAUGACAAGUUUAAAGCACUGUACACACUACCCAGAGGCGUUGAGGAUGAUCCCAACACAGCGAGGUGCCUUAGAGUUGGAAAGCUUAAUAUUGAUCGUCUGUACAAGGAAGUCUAUGAAAAGAAUAAAGCUAAAGUCCACAUUAUUCCAGACAUGGUGGACAUAAUUUCUGCCAAGGACGCGCAGAAGAAAAUCAGUGAAGUUGAUUACCGCACACAUCUCCAUGAAUGGAUCUGUCUGCCAGAUCUGCAAAUCAAUGCCCAUGUUCGAAAAGUAACUGAUCAGCUCAGCGACGUGGUGUACAAGGAUGAUCUUAACUGGCUGAAAGGCAUUGGCUGCUUUGUUUGGGACACUCCAGAAAUUCUCCAUGCCAAACAUGCCUACGAUCUUCGCAGUGAUAUUAAGUACAAAUCUAAGGCAGAAAAAAUGAAGAAUGACUACACUGUUGUCAUGGAUACUCCUGUCUAUGUCCAGAAUGUCCUCAGUGGCUUGAAUUUAAGUGAAGCUGUCUAUCGUGGUGAAUAUAAGCACAAUGUUAAAGGCAAAAUGAUUCCUACUGAUAAAACAGUAGAUUUGGAGCGGGCAUAUCAUGCAAACAAAAUACAGAGUGAAAAUUUGUAUCGCUGGGCUGGUGUGAAAGCUCUGCCUACUGGGUACAGCCUUCCCACAGACACCCCCAACUUCCAGCAUGCUAAACAUGUCCAAUACAUUGGCAGUGAUCUGAAGUAUAAAGAAGCCUAUGAACACAUGAAAGCUAAAGGCUAUACUCUGGGACCUAAAGAUGUUGGGUUUGAAAAUGUGAAGAAAGUGAAUCAAGUCAUUAAUGAGAGGUUGUAUCGGGCAACAUACCACAAGUACAAGGACAAGAUUCAUACCACUCCAGACACACCAGAAAUCCGUCAAGUCAGAGCAACACAGGAAGCUGUCAGUGAUCUGAUCUACAAGUCAGAUUUCUUUAAGAUGCAGGGACACUUGAUUUCCUUGCCAUACACUCCUCAGGUGUUGCACUGCCGCUAUGUUGAGGACAUCACAAGUGAUAAUAAGUACAAAGAGGAUCUGAAGUGGCUGAAGGGCUUGGGUUGCUUCCUGUAUGAUACUCCUGAUAUGGUCCGUGCUCGUCAUCUGCGUAAGCUUUGGUCUAAUUAUGUAUACACUGAUACUGCAAAGAAGAUGUGGGCUAAAUACAAUGUGGUGUUGGAUACUCCUGGAUACAGAACGGUUCAGGAACUAAAAACCCAUUUGAGUGAACUGGUUUACAGAGCUGCAGGCAAGGAGCUGAAGACAAAAUACACUUCCGUCCUUGACACACCUGACUUCUUAAGAGCCAAGCAAGGACAAAAAAUACAGAGCCAGUACUUGUAUGUGGAACUUGCCACAAAAGAAAGACCCCAUCAUCAUGCUGGUGGUCAGACUCCAGCCUUUACACAUGCUAGGCACGUGAAGGACAUGGUCAGUGAGAAAAAAUAUAAAACCCAGUAUGAGAAGAUGAAGGACAAAUACACACCUGUCCCUGACACACCGAUCUUGAUCAGAGCCAAGAGAGCAUACCUGAAUGCCAGUGAUUUACGCUACAAAGAAACCUUUGAGAAUACGAAGGGCAAAUACCACACAGUGAAAGAUGCUUUGGAUAUUGUCUAUCACCGAAAGGUCACCGAUGAUAUUAGCAGUGUGAAAUAUAAGGAAAAUUAUAUGAGCCAGUUAGGAAUCUGGAGAUCGAUCCCAGACCGUCCGGAGCAUUUCCAUCAUCGCGCAGUCACGGAUGCUGUUAGUGAUGUUAAAUACAAGGAAGACUUAUCAUGGCUCAGAGGCAUUGGCUGUUAUGCAUGGGAUACUCCAAGUUUUGCUCUGGCAGAAAAGAAUAAGGUGCUCUACAGUGGGUGUAAGUACAAGGAGAUAUUUGAGAAGACUAAAUCUCAAUUUAAGUACGUAGCCGACUCUCCAAUUAACAAGCAUUUUAAACAUGCAACUCAGUUGAUGGAUGGGAAAUUAUAUAAAGCUGCCUAUGAGAAGCUCAAAGAUAGGUACAGCGUUAUUGUGGAUGAUCCCAGGAACCUCCUGGCCAAGUGGGGGACCACACUGAGCAGUCAGGUUGAAUACAAAAAAGAAUAUGAAAAGAAGAAAGACAAGUAUACCACAGUUGUGGAUACUCCAGAACACUUAAGGACUACGAAAGUCAACAAGCAGAUCAGUGAUAUUAUUUACAAGCUGGAAUAUAACAAAGCGAAGCCUAAAGGCUAUACUACAAUCCACGAUACCCCAAUGUUACUGCACGUGCGCAAGGUGAAGGACAGGAUAAGUGAUCUGAAAUACAAGGAAGUGUACGAGAGGAAUAAAUCUCACUGCAAUGUCGUAGCAGAUUCAGUUCAUAUUAAGACCCCAAGGCAUGCUUACAAGCUGAACAGCAAUCUGGAUUAUAAGAAGAAGUACGAAGCAGCAAAGGCUCAUUGGCACUGGAUUGCUGAUAGGCCUGACUUUGUUCAAGCAGCCAAGUCGUCUCUGCAACAGAGCGACUAUGAAUACAAGCUGGACCGGGAAUUCCUAAAGGGAUGCAAACUCUCUGUCACAGAUGAUAAAAACACAGUAUUGGCUUUAAAUAAUGCCAUCUUGGCAAGUGACAUAAAAUACAAAGAGAAGCACAACAAAGCUCGAGGAACGUACCAUGUUGUUCCAGAUACACCUCAGAUCCUCCUGGCUAAAAAUGUCAGCUCUCUUGUAUCUGAGAACAAAUACAAAGAACAUAGCAAGAAGCAGCUCCCACAUGGGUCUUACACAACCCUGCCAGAGACACGAGACACUGCUCAUGUGAAAGAGGUGACCAAGAAUGUCAGCGAGACAAACUAUAAAAAGAAGUUUGUGAAGGAGAAAGGCAAGUCUAAUUAUUCCAUCAUGCUGGAGCCUCCUGAAGUGAAACAUGCCAUGGAAGUUGCUAAAAAACAGAGUACAAUUGAGUACAAGAAAGAUGCCAAGUCCAAGCUCCACUACACGCCUAUAGCCGAUCGGCCGGAUAUUAAGAAAGCAACUCAGGCUGCCAAGUUAAUUAGUGAUAUUUAAUACAAAAAGCGUGGAGAAGCGGGCAUUGGCGUAACCAUGCUGGGACGCCCAGAUAUUGAACUGGCCAAGGAGGUGUCCAAGCUAACUAGCCAGGCAGAAUACCUCAAACGACACAUGAGAGGGCAUGGAGCUGCAUCCUAUGAUACACCAUGGAUGAGAACCUUUAAGAAAGCUAAUAUGCUGAGUAGUCAUGUGAAAUACAAGGAGAACUUUUCCAAAGAGAAGGGUAAAAAACCAAAGUAUGAUUUAAAGGAGGCUAAAAUCUACAAGACCAUGAAAGAUGCUCACAACAUGGCCAGUGAGGUGAAGUACAAGGCGGAUUUGAAGAAGCUUCACAAGCCCGUCACGGACAUGUCCGAGUCGCUCAUCAUGAACCAUGUCCUGAGCACAAGCCAGCUGGCCAGCGCUUACCAGUACAAGAAGCAAUAUGAGAAGAGUAAGGGUCACUACCAUGUGGUGCCAGAUAAUCUUGAACAGGUUCAUCUAAGGGAGGCAUCAGAACUACAGAGCCACGUGAAAUACAGAGAAAAGUAUGAGAAGGAAAAAGGAAAACCUAUGUUGGACUUUGAAACUCCAACAUACCUUACUGCAAAGGAGUCUCAGCUCAUGCAGAGCGAGAAAGAAUAUAAGAAGGACUUUGAAGAGUCCAUUAAGGGCAGAAACCUUACUGGCUUGGAGAUUACACCAUCCUUAUUACAUGUCAAAUAUGCAACCAAAAUAGCAAGCGAGAAAGAGUACAGGAAGGAUCUGGAGGAAGGUGUCAAAGGUAAAGGACUGACAGCUUUAGAGGAGACUCCAGACAUGUUAAGAGCAAAGAAUGCAACUCAAAUCCUGAAUGAGAAAGAAUACAAAAAAGCCUUGGAUUUAGAAAUCAGAGGAAAAGGUCUGACAGAACUGGCUUUGGAGACGCCAGAUUUCGUGAGAGCAAAGAAUGCCACUGACAUCGCCAGCCAGAUCAAAUAUAAACAAUUGGCAGAAAUGGAGAAAGCAAACUACACCAGUGUUGUUGAUACUCCAGAGAUUAUUCAUGCCCAGCAGGUCAAGAACCUUUCGAGCCAGAAAAAGUAUAAGGAAGAUGCAGAAAGGACUAUGCCAUACUAUGUGCCUGUAACAGACACACCGGAGUUGCAGAGAGUUCGUGAGAAUCAAAAGAACUUCAGCACACUUCAGUAUCAGUGGGACCUACAGAACAGUAAAGGAAAAGUUACAGUUGUACAAGACACACCAGAAAUGCUGCGUGUCAAAGAAAACCAGAAGAAUUUCAGCUCGAUUUUGUAUAAAGAAGAUAUUGGAACUGGAACUACUAUUGAAAAGACACCAGAGAUGCAGAGAGUUAAACGAACCCAGGAUGCAAUUAGCUCGAUUAAGUACAAGGAGAGUAUUGGAAAAGGAACUCCAAUUCCUGACCUCCCAGAAGUGAAGCGUGUCAAGGAGACCCAGAAGCACAUCAGUUCGGUGUUGUACAAAGAGGACCUAGGGACAGGUAUCCCAACACCUCUCACUCCAGAGAUAGAGAGAGUCAAACGCAAUCAAGAACACAUUAGCUCGGUGUUAUACAAAGAGGGCUUAGGGACUGGCAUCCCCACACCAGUUACUCCAGAGAUGGAGAGAGUCAAACGCAAUCAAGAGAACAUUAGCUCGGUGUUGUACAAAGAGGGGCUGGGGAUUGGAACCCCAGUACCUGUCACUCCUGAGAUGGAGAGGGUCAAACGCAAUCAAGAAAACUUUAGCUCGGUGUUGUACAAAGAGGAUCUGGGGGCAGGAACCCCAACACCUGUCACUCCUGAGAUCGAGAGAGUCAAACGCAAUCAAGAAAACUUUAGCUCGGUGUUGUACAAGGAGGAUCUGGGGACAGGAACCCCAACACCUGUCACUCCUGAGAUUGAGAGAGUCAAACGCAAUCAAGAACACUUUAGCUCGGUGUUGUACAAAGAGGAUCUGGGGACAGGAACCCCAAUACCUGUCACUCCCGAGGUUGAGAGAGUCAAACGCAAUCAAGAACACAUUAGCUCGGUGUUGUACAAAGAGAGCGUGGGGACUGGGACCCCCACUCCCAUCACUCCAGAGAUGGAGAGAGCCAAACGCAAUCAAGAGAUCUGUAGCUCGGUGUUGUAUAAAGAAAACAUAGGGAAAGCCACCCCCACACCCGUCACUCCCGAGAUGGAAAGAGUCAAACGCAAUCAAGAAAUCAUUAGCUCGGUUUUGUACAAAGAAAAUGUGGGGAAAGUGACCCCAACACCAAUCACUCCAGAGAUGGAGAGAGUCAAACGCAAUCAAGAAAUCAUUAGCUCGGUACCUUACGUGUUGUACAAAGAAAACUUGGGGCAAGCGACCCCCACUCCGGUCACUCCAGAGAUGGAGCGAGUCAAGCGCAAUCAAGAACACAUUAGCUCGGUUGUGUACAAAGAAGGUUUAGGGAAGGCAACUCCCACUCCAGUCACUCCAGAGAUGGAGCGAGUCAAGCGCAAUCAAGAACACAUUAGCUCGGUUGUGUACAAAGAAGGUUUAGGGAAGGCAACUCCCACUCCAGUCACUCCAGAGAUGGAGCGAGUCAAGCGCAAUCAAGAACACAUUAGCUCGGUUGUGUACAAAGAAGGCUUAGGGAAGGCAACUCCCACUCCGGUCACUCCAGAGAUGGAGCGAGUCAAGCGCAAUCAAGAACACAUUAGCUCGGUUGUGUACAAAGAGGGCUUAGGGAAGGCAACUCCCACUCCGGUCACUCCCGAGAUGGAGCGAGUCAAGCGCAAUCAAGAACACAUUAGCUCGGUUUUGUACAAGGAACAUCUGGCCAAAGGAACUCCAACACCGAUGACUCCAGAGAUGGAGAGAGCUAAACGCAACCAAGAAAACAUCAGCUCGGUUCUUUAUUCAGACAGUUUCCGAAAACAAGUCCAAGGCAAAGCCGCGUACGUACUGGAUACACCUGAAAUGCGGCGUGUACGCGAGACCCAGAAACACAUCUCCACAGUGAAGUACCAUGAAGAUUUUGAGAAAAGCAAAGGCAGCUUCACCCCUGUAGUUACCGACCCCAUUACAGAACGCGUGAAGAAGAACAUGCAGGACUUCAGUGACAUCAGCUACAGGGGCAUCCAGCGGCGGGUGGUGGAGAUGGAGCGGAAGCGCGUGGACCAGGAUCAAGAGAACCUCACAGGUCUCCGCGUGUGGCGCACUAAUCCCGGGUCCGUCUUCGACUACGACCCAGCAGAAGACAAUAUUCAGUCCAGGAGCUUACAUAUGAUCUCUGUCCAAGCCCAGCGCCGCAGCCGGGAGCACUCCCGCUCUGCCAGUGCCUUGAGCAUCAGUGGUGGCGAUGAAAAAUCGGAACCCUCGGACGGCGUGGAUCAACAUUUGUCCUACUACAGCAACAGCGGCUUCUUCACCACAGCUGCAACAGUGGGCUACAAACAUGCUAAAACCAUCGAGUUACCGCAACAACGGUCAUCGUCAGUGGCCACCCAGCAAACAACGGUGUCGUCGGUUCCUUCUCAUCCAUCCACUGCUGGUAAAACCUACCGGGCCAUGUAUGACUACAUGGCAGCUGACGCUGACGAGGUUUCCUUCAAAGACGGCGACACGAUUGUGAACGUCCAAGCCAUCGACGAGGGCUGGAUGUACGGGACCGUCCAGAGGACUGGCAAGACGGGCAUGCUGCCAGCCAACUAUGUGGAAGCGGUCUGA